CGGAAUCGGUCUCAGUCGGAUGUACUCUCAGCUCUCUGCCGUGAACGCGUCGCCAGGCUAAUCCGCACUCCACCUCAACCAAAGAGAUUCCGGAGCCGCCAUGAGCAAAGUUGAAGGCUUGGACACCAUCUUGGUCACGGGCGGGGCGGGCUUUGUAGGAUCCCAUACCAUUGUGGAACUCCUCAAGGCAGGAUACAAGGUCGUAGUCGUGGACUCUUGCAUCAACUCCCACCCCCCCAAGGAAGGCCAUGACCUGCCGCCCGUCCUCGAGAGGGUGCAGGAUCUCACCGGCAAGACCGUGACCUUCCACCAGCUGUCAAUCCUGGACCGCGACGCCCUCAAGGAUGUCUUUCUCAAGCACAAGGUCGACGCCGUCAUCCACUUCGCGGCUCUGAAGGCUGUUGGCGAGAGCGUGAAGCGUCCCCUCGAUUACUACCACAACAACAUUACUGGAACGGCCACGCUGCUGCGGGUCAUGGGCGAGGUCGGCGUGAAGAGGCUCGUGUUCUCCUCGUCCUCCACCGUGUACGGCCCCGCCAAGUACUUCCCGACGGACGAGGAGCAUCCGACGGGGCAGGGCGUGACCAACCCCUACGGCAGGAGCAAGUUCGUGUGCGAGGAAAUGAUGAAGGAUUUGGCCAAGGCGGAGGAGGUGAGGGAUGAGGGGGUUUCUCAGCACCUUUAUACCAUCAAUCGAGUUGUGUGGACACAGUCAGGCUCUCACUCUCACAGUCCCCGUAGCAAGAACGUCUACUUUUAUGAAAUUUAG